GAAAUUAAGUUAUUUUGUAAUGGGAACUGUUCAAGCAAAGGUAUAAAUGCGAGAAAAGUAUAAAAUCUGUAUUCGAGUAUAUAUAUAUUUCGAUAUAUUAUAUAGAACUUACAACUUGGAGAAUCCUAUCCUACAGGGAUAGAAGAAGAGAAAAUGAGAGACAAAGGGGAUAACAUAUAUUUGGAAAAAGUUUCAGCAAGAGUAGAUAAAAUCAAUAUAGAUGGAGUAGCUAGAACAAAACAGGAUGUGUUGGCCAAAUCUAUGAAGGAAUUGUUUGGAUCUCAAAAUUUUCAAGAGGUUAUAUUAAAUAUCUAUUCUGUAGCUGAUAAAUUACAAAAAUUAAAUGCAUUUAAGAGAGUUGAUGUUUUCAUAGAUACUAGUUCAGGUGCUGAUGCUACACCCAAAGGACUUGAGGUUACAUUUUAUGUGCAAGAAGUUCGAAGAAUUACAGGAGGAAUUAAUACUUUAGUUGGAAAUAAUGAAGGAAGCUUGGUAGCUGGAGUUCAGUUGCCUAAUAUGUUUGGUAGAGGAGAGUGCUUACAGUCAGAAUAUCAUUAUGGUACAAAACGAUCAUCUGGCUUUAAUGUUACAUUUACAAAACCUUUCGUUUCUAGAGGAAAUCCUAGGUUUACGGCUGCUCUGUUUAAGCAAGGAGAAGAUUUUACAUGGAGUGGUUUUCGAGAGAUUGAUCACGGAACUUUAUUAGAAUUAAACUUGGAAUCCUUCCCUAGAAUUCAGCACACUUUUCGCUGGGAAGGAAUAUGGAGAGAAAUAAAAUCUCUUAGUACAGUUACCUCUUUUCCCGUGAGAGAAGAAUCAGGUCAUUCUCUAAAGUCUUCAGUUAAACAUACUGUAGCUUUGGAUCUUAGGGACAAUCCUGUUAUACCAACUUAUGGACAGUUAUUCAAACUUCAUCAAGAAUAUGCUGGUCUAGGAGGUGAUGUCGGAUUUUUAAAACACGAGUUAGAAGUACAAUUAAAUCAGUCUCUUGGAAUGGAUAUGGUGCUACAAGCAUCUCUGCUAGGUGGAAUUUUAAAUAAAAUACAGAAUAAAAAUUAUUCAAUCUGUGAUAAAUUUUUUCUUGGUGGCCCAUUGUCACUCCGAGGAUUUACUGUUAGGGGUGUUGGACCACGAGCAAAUGAAGAUGCAUUAGGAGCAGAAACAUAUUGGGCAAGUGGCCUUCAUUUAUAUACACCUCUUCCCUUUCGACCUGGAAGAGACGGAAUUGGAAAUUAUUUUCGAACGCAUACAUUUUUAAAUGCUGGUAAUAUAGGCUACUUUUUAGGUGAAAAUAAUUAUCCAGAUUGGAAAAGAAUGUUUUCUAAUAUUAGAUUGUCAUGUGGUGCCGGAAUAGUAAUUUCAGUUGGUCACAUAGCACGAUUUGAACUAAAUUAUUGUUUGCCUUUAAAAUUUCAAAAUGAAGACAGGACAAAUCCUGGUAUGCAAUUUGGUAUAGGUGUUGCAUUUUUGUAGUUUUAAAAGAAAGGAAAGAAUUUGAAGAAAGCAAAUAGUAAAAAGGAAUUUCAAGACCAUGUACAUGUAAAUAAAUUGUUACUUAGAAUGUUUAUCUAAUUUGAUAAACAAUAGGACUGAUUUAUUAUUUUGCAAUAAAAUUUUAGUUGAUAAAUA